CCACAAAUUACUGUCUAAGAGUGACCCGUCAUUGAAUUCUGUCACUAAAUUGCGACAGAGUAUUUUUGACACGCAUUAGUGUGAAAGUUACAGAAUGAUAAGUGACGCCGCCAACUCCGAGCCCAUGAGUCCCUCCGACGAUGACACGGCCGCCAGAGUCCUUCCAGAUUUCAUUCAAACCAUCAACAAAUACGGUAAAAAUUGCUAUUUGUGGAUGGGUCCAACUCCUAUGGUGCUCAUCAUGCACCCUGACUUGAUUAAAGAGGUAUUAAAUAAAAAUUAUAUCUAUCAUAGGCCUAACAUCAGCCCAGUACUAAGGAAUCUGGUCAGUGGAAUAUUCCUCUGCGAGAACGAUAAGUGGAAAAUGCAUAGAAGGUUACUCAAUCCCGCUUUCUUUUCCGAGAAGCUAAAGCUAAUGGAACCAGCAUUCAUGAUAAGUUGUUAUGAAAUGGUGAGCAAAUGGGAAGGGAGAGCCUCGCGAGAAGACUAUUGUGAGGUGGACGUGUGGCCAGACCUUCAAACCAUGGCAAGCGAUGUCAUAUCUCGAGCCGCAUUCGGGAGCAGCUACGAAGAUGGAAGGAAGAUAUUUGAGCUCCAAACAGAACAAGCAAUGCACGUCACAGACACUUUGCGCCAAGUUUAUGUACCCGGAUGGAGAUUUGUGCCAACAAAGAGGAAUAGGAGAAUGCAUGACAUUAAGAAUGAAGUGAAAGCAUAUGUUUGUACCAUUAUAGAGAAAAGGCUGAAGGCCAUGGCGGCAGGAGAGACAAAAAAUGAUGAUCUACUAGGCAUAUUACUUCAAUCUAACUUGCAAGAGAUCAAAAAACAUGGGGACAAGAAGGCUGGGAUGAGCAUUGAAGAAGUCAUUGAGGAGUGUAAGGUUUUCUAUUUUGCAGGGCAAGAAACUGUCGCUGUGUUACUCCUCUGGACUAUGAUUUUACUUAGCAAAUUUCAAUAUUGGCAAGCUCAAGCUAGAGAAGAGGUGCUGCAAGUUUUUGGUCGGGAUAAGAAGCCGCAUUUUGAAGGAUUAAAUGAUCUCAAAAUUGUGACCAUGGUUUUAUACGAGUCUUUGAGACUAUACCCGCCAGUACCUAACUUGACUAGACAAACAGUUGAGGAGAUAAAACUUGGAGAUAUGACUUUGCCUCCAGGGGUGAUGUUGUCAUUACCCAUACUUUUGGUACAUCUUGAUACAGAGGUAUGGGGUGCAGAAGCUACGAAGUUCAAACCAGAUAGGUACAGCGAUGGUAUAAUGAAGGCAACAAAUGGAAAACACGCUUUCUUCCCAUUUGGUGGAGGGCCUCGUGUAUGCAUUGGCCAAAAUUUUGCUUUGUUAGAAGUUAAAAUGGCAAUGGCAAUGAUUCUACAACGCUUUUCCUUUGAAUUGUCUCCUUCUUAUGCUCAUGCUCCAUUUACUAGCGUGACCACUCAGUCAAAGUAUGGUGCUCCCCUUAUUAUACAUAAGCUUUAAUGGAGCUACAAUCUCGUUUGUUGGGGUUGAUUGCUUAAAACGUAUUUACACAUGUUUAGGUUUGUAUAGUAUGACUAAUAAGUAUGUUCGAUGAGAGACUCGUCUUUUCUGUAUCUUUGCUGUUCAUCACCCACUGUGUUCAUAAAUAAAAGCUUUACUUCCUUGUGCCAAA